UGUUACAGCUUGUGGGGCAGCACAUUUAUUAGACACAGUAGCAGGGAAAGACAGGGGAAACAAGCAGUUGUAAAGAAACAAAUAGAAUGAGAGAGGGAGUUGGAUACAAGCUGUCAGAAAAGAGAGAUAAACAAAGAGUAUAGAUAAACACAAAACUAUUGCCACCAUAUGGUUACACACCCUACUCAGAUCCAUUGCUCUUCAUCACCUUCUUCGUCAUCCUCUGAAGUCUUGAUUGUGUAGUAAGAGCCAAUAACCCUCACUAUGGCUAAGAAUGGCAGUUCCCUCCUCCAUUAUCUCAACAAGUCCACUUCCACCUCUAUCCUCUUCACCAAAGACACUGUUGAGGAUUCCAGCAUUGUGAGUAAUGACGCCACCACAGCCAUAGGAGCCCUCAUCUUGGGCCUGGUCUUCCUCCUCGGCGUCCCAGGAAACCUCUUCAUCAUUUGGAGCAUCCUGGCCCGUGCCCGCCAACGCUCCGUUACCACCCUCCUCAUCCUCAACCUCGCGUGCGCCGAUGGCUUUCUCAUGUGCCUUACCAUCUUCUUCCUAAUGUAUCUGGCCAGGCAGAACUGGGACUUUGGCGACCCCAUGUGCAAGGGGCUGUUUUACCUAUGCAACACUAACAUGUACGCCUCCAUCUUCCUCAUCACGCUGAUGAGCCUGCAAAGGCUAGUUGCAGUGGUGUGGCCCCAUCGAGUGGCGGCCCUGGCCAGCAAGAAGAUGGUGGUGCGGGCAAUAGCUGUGCUCUGGGCCCUAGUGUUCUCAAUUUCUAUCCCUGCUCUGGUGUUCAGGCAGGUGAGGUAUGAUCAUGAUGAACAGAACAACACCCGCCUGGUGUGUGCCUCAAAUCACUCCCGGUCUCGAUAUGUGGUGUACCAGUACACCUUUGAGACAGUAGUGGGAUUCCUGGUUCCGUACGGGGUUAUAGUGAGCAGCUACGUCUGCAUCCUGAGACGCCUCAGACAGACCAAGUUCCGUCGUAAGGUCCGCAGUGAGAAACUCAUCCUGGCCAUCGUUGUGAUGUUUGGCAUCUUCUGGUUGCCAUAUCACCUCAAUAACAUAAUACAGGUGGUGGCUGAACAGUUUGAUGACAGCUCACCAACGAAAAAGAGACUAGAUAUGGUAUGGCAGCCCAGUCGUGCUGUGACCUCCGCUCUAGCCUUCAUCAGCAGCUGUGCUAACCCUAUUCUCUACACCUUUGCUGGAAAAUCCUACAUCAGAGAGGACGGCAUUGCCUUCAUGGCUCGGCUCUUCGAGGGGACAUCUCUGGACACUGGGAUAAAGAAGGGAAUUGGACUAAAAGAUGUGUUGUCUUUCAGCAGCACUGGGGGCAAUGCUGUGAAGAACGAAAAACAGACACUUGUGUAGAGUUGCACUGCACAUGCAACCACUCAUCAUGACGAUGCACUGCUGCACACAGACUGCUUCGAAACCUUUACCUGUCCAAAUGGGACCAUCUGAAAGAAUCCCUACAAUAUUCAGUGCACCUCGUGUUAGACAAGUUUCUCAGUAGACCCAAAAUCACUGCCACUAAUUUUUGUAAAUGCAUUUUUUAAAAUGUGCCCCACCCAAAAUUAAAUACACUGCUUGUACUGAUUGAA